UAAAUCAAGUUAACUAAAAAAUCCACAUAAAAACUAAUGUUUUAUACACAUAUUUUGAAAAAUAAAUUCGAUCUCUUUUUAUUAAAUUCUUAUAUUCAUGGAUCACUUGAUCAAGAGGACUGCAAAAUCUUUUUCAAGAGUGUAAACUACCACAUAUAUUUAUCUCUUCAGUUUUCCCUCUCCUUCAUAAACCCAAAACCCCUAAUAUGGCCACCAUCCCAAGCCACGCCUUAAGACACUUCGCUGUAACUAGACCAUGGCUCCGCAAAAUCCACUGCACCGCAUCUCUCGCGUUUCCCAGUCAAGACCCACUCCAAAUCCACCCUGACAAUGGCCACAACGGUGAUGCUAACGCCAAAAAAACCAACAACAGUAAUUCACAAGCAUUCUUUCCGAAGAAAAACCAAGUCUUGGAGCUUGAAUGUGAGAGCUUGGCCUUUAAAGGGAAAGGUGUUUGCAAGGUGGCAGGUUCUGGGUUUGUUUUAUUGUGUGACAAUGCACUUCCUGGGGAACGUUUCAUUGGCCGUGUUAGUCGUAAGAAAGGAAAUUACGCUGAGGUGACCAAGUUGAAGACAAUAUCUCCUCAUUGGGACUUUGUAGAUGCACCUUGUGAGUAUGCAUCAUACUGUGGAGGUUGUAAAACACAAAACCUGUCUUAUCAGGCUCAACUCAAAGCAAAGGAGCAACAAGUACGUGAAUUGGUCAUCUAUGUUGGAAAGUUUUCUGAUAAAAACCCAGAUUUCUCAAGUAUUAUGAAGUCCAUUGUUCCCUGUGAUAUACAGUUCCAUUAUCGGAAUAAGAUGGAGUUCUCAUUUGGUUCACAGAAAUGGUUACCCAAGGAAUUAUUAAACAAGAAACUAGAGGGUAAUGAGAACUAUGCACUUGGACUGCAUGCUCCUGGCUAUUUUGAUAAGAUACUAAAUAUUGACAAAUGUUUAUUACAAAGUGAGCCUGCUAACGAGAUCCUUGCAACUGUCCAAGAUCUUUGGAAAGAUCCAGAACUCGGUCUUUCUCCAUAUAAUGUUCACUCUCAUGCUGGAUUUCUUAAGCAUCUAGUUCUGAGAACUGGAAGAGACAUGAAGACCAGUCUCCCUGAACUUAUGGUUAACUUUGUCACCUCAUCUUACAAGCCAGAGUUGCUGAAACACCUAGUUGAGAAAAUUUCAGCUAUUCCUGAAGUGGUUAGCAUUAUGAAUAAUGUAAAUUCUUCUGUUGGUAACACAUCUGUCGGGGAGGAGGAGUAUACUUUGUAUGGAAAAUCUACAAUCACAGAGAGUUUGAGAGGUCUAACAUUUCAAAUUUCUGCAAACUCUUUUUUCCAGACAAAUACUCAUCAGGCGGAGAUCCUCUAUAAACUUAUUGAAGAUUGUGCUGGCCUGAGAGGAGAUGGCUCUGAAAUUGUCCUUGACUUAUUUUGUGGAACAGGAACUAUUGGUCUAACACUUGCCAAAAAGGCUAGACAUGUUUAUGGUUAUGAAGUGGUUGCUCAAGCCAUCGCAGAUGCUCAUAGAAAUGCCAAGCUGAAUGGAAUAAGUAAUGCUACAUUUAUCCAAGGAGAUCUUAAUAAAAUUGGUGAAAAUUUUGGCAAAGAUUUUCCAAAGCCUGAUAUCGUCAUUUCAGAUCCAAAUAGACCCGGUAUGCACAUGAAGUUAAUCAAAUUUCUGCUAAAGCUUAAAGCUCCAAGAAUUGUUUAUGUAUCAUGCAAUCCUGCGACUUGCGCUCGUGAUCUUGAUUACCUUUGCCAUGGUGUGAUAGAGCAAAAUAUCAAAGGAUGUUACAAGUUAAAAAGCAUACAGCCAGUGGAUAUGUUCCCUCAUACUCCUCAUAUUGAAUGUGUUUGCCAAUUGGAGCUUCUUGAAUACUAACUUUCACCCUUUAAAAUACUAUGAGAAUUCUUUAUUUUAUGAUAAAUUUGUUUAUUAAUUUCAUUAGUUUUGUAAUUUUAAAUUUAACUGUUUAGGCAAUGAAACACUUGCAUCCUUCAAA